CGACGUCGGGCUUGACGCGAACGCGUGACGCUCAACUGUAUCUGAUCUCACUUCGCUUGGUCGGCAGACGAGGAACGAGCAGCGAUUUAACUUGAACUCGGCGUUAUCUCCUCGGUUUUGUGCCACUGAAGUUGAUGGGGAUGUUCGCCCGCUUCUUUGCAGGUAAAUGUGACAUAUCUUGCUAUUCAGAUGUACCUAGGAUCUUCGACGACCGCCUCGCCCUCUGUUCGUUUGCAUUUGUGAACAAACAUCCCGACGGGCCGAAUUGAUAAGGGCUGAAUCCACCGAGAUAAAUUAAAAGCCGCGAUGCAAGUCUUCAUUCCUCCACUCUUCCACACUUCGUGUCGAUUCAUCUUUCCUACUUUGUCGCACUUUUAUUUACAGCGCAGUUAUGUUGAAUGGCGUAGUUUUUGCUAUGUCUGUCGGUCUUCUUCUUGCUGUCGGCCUUCGACGCAUCACAAUAUUUAAAAAGCACACAAGGCAGCUCCCUUAUCCACCAGGCCCUUCGCCUCUGCCUUUCGUUGGAAAUCUAUUCGAUAUUGACAACAAACAGCCGUGGAUCACGUAUACGAAUUGGGCAGAGGAAUAUGGCGAGAUAGUGCAUGCUCAGGUCCUCGGUCAACACUAUGUCAUUAUCAACUCUGCCCGGGCUGCUAGAGGUCUACUUGAACAAAAUUCAGCGAAUUACUCGGACAGGCCAUAUCGUAACUUACGAUUGGCUCACCACAGGUUUGCAAUGAACGUCAAUACAGCCAUGUUGCCGUACGGUCCGACUUGGCGCCUUCACCGCAAGCUUUUCCACCAGACGCUCCGCGCAGAAAUGGUGUCUAACUACUCCGCACUGUGCUCGAACAAAGUUUGUGAGCUGGUCGCUCAUAUGACCAAGGACAAUGCGGAUACCCAGCUGUCAGAUCAUCUGAAAAACUUUACUGCUUCAGUUAUAUUGGCGGUCACUUAUGGAUAUAAGGCACUUCCAGUUGACGACCCAUUCGUUGCUCGCCUACAACGUCUUUCUAUGACGCUGACGAAUGUCUUGUCACCUGAGCGGGCGGCUCUCCUAGCCGCGUUCCCCUUCGCCGGGCGUAUUCCUAUGUGGCUUCCCGGCGGAGGCUUCAAGCGAAGCGCUCUGAUUUGCCGCGAAAUGAUCCUCGGUGCCAGGGAUGUCCUCUUUGGUUCUGCCGAACGUGAACUUUCAUCAGGUUCUAGAGAGCAUUUUGUAGUCUCCGACUUUCUCUCGGGCCAAUCUCCCGAUCACGUCAGUCGUGACGAGCAAGCGCUGGAUGAGGCCAUGCGGGACGCUGCAGUUACGGUCUAUAUCAGUGGUGCUGACUCGAUGUCUGCAACACUAUCGAUAUUCAUCCUUGCCAUGAUACUCUAUCCUGACGUCCAAAAGAGGGCACAAGAAGAAAUCGAUCAAAUUGUCGGUCGAGACAAACUCCCCACAUCGUCUCAUAGGAAAGAUCUGCCGUACUUGGAAGCCGUCAUGCGCGAGACCCUCAGGUGGCAUACCGCAGUACCUCUAGGACUACCGCAUAUUACCACUGAAAACGACACAUUCGAAGGCUAUCGCAUACCAAAAGGCGCCCUAGUUAUUGCAAAUGCAUGGGCGAUGAACAAGAACGUUGCUGACUCAUCGACCUUCGAUCCGAUGCGCCAUUUCUUAUCGAACGGAGAAAUUGACCCGGAGAAUACGUUUAUCUCGAGUCCGACUUUUGGGUUCGGACGCAGGGUCUGUCCUGGUCGCUUUUUUGCAGACGAAGCAAUUUGGAUUGCAAUGGCCACAAUGCUUGCGAUGCUUCGUUUUGAGAAAACGAGGGAUUAUGCUGGGCGAGAGAUAGAAGUAAACCCGAAGUUUACAUCUGGUGUCACGAUUCACCCGGAACCAUUCCACUGUAAAAUUGUAAAGAGAUGUCCCGAGAGAUUUUCCGGUUUCGAUAUAUCGGCAUAAAAUUUACGCAACUGUAU